CCACCUUGAUUUUGGACUAACAACAAAGGAAGCAAUAAAACUGGAUUCAGAAUGGGAACUGUCCCUAACCCCAAAAGGACUGUCACUGUUCAAAUGGUACCUCGACUAUCUGGUACGGAUACUUUGGGCAACAAGGACGCAAACACAAUUUGCCUCCAAGACUCAGGUUUAAACCUGACAAAGGAUUGUGCUUCUACCCAAAAAACAAAACCAGAGCAGGAUAAUAUGCAACACAAGUCUGCAAGUAAAGGGAAACUAUUGGAAGGGGCAUCCAACUCUCCUUCUUCUAAUAGUGAGGAUCACAGAAAACCUGAUGCGCAGGAACCUCAUGCAAACACCAAGAUGGAAAACAGCAAUGUAAAUUCAAAGCUGUUACCAACAAUUUCUGCCAAAAGCAAGGAUAUUUCUUCAAGUAGCCCAUCAUGUGUAGAAACACUGCCUAAAGAUGAUAAGGGGAGAAAUGGCAGUCUUGCUAAACAAGGAAUUGAGGAAGAGCAGAGUGCGGAGAAACUACAGAAUAGACCAUCUGAGGAACCCACAGCACAAAGUCAAAAGCUAUGUCACACAUGUGAUCCUAAGCUCACAGACUUACCUGCCAGCAACAGGAACUCAAACAAGGACAAUUCCCAUUUAUAUGAACUUAAAGAAUCGAGCUGCACCAUUAGUUCAGAUCUAGCUCUGAUCACCAGCAUGGAUGAGACUAAUCAACCACAUCCUGAUUCAGCUAGGAAAUUGCAAGGAGGGACUUGCCCACAAGGCCUUACAACAGAGGUUUUCAAAUCAGUUCCUAAACCAGCAGAGGCCUCUCAGCCAGCAAACAGCAUCGAGAAAGCUGAGGCAGAUCUUGCUAUAUUACAAGCAAACAAAAAACAGUCCACACCUCUUAAAGAAAAAGAGUCCUGCCCCAAAUCUGAAUAUGAUGCAAAUGAUGCCAAAUCCCAUACUGUCACAAUAAACAGCACUUCCCAGCACUCCGGGGACAUCUCCUCAUGUCACUCCUUUCAUGCUGAAGUGAUAGACGAGGCAAUUCAAACACAAGGACCUGUUUCAGAGGAAAAUAAGAUGAAACACUGUAAGCUGUACCGUGAGGCCUCCACCAUGACAUCAGCAGCAGACUGUGGCACCUCACCCUGCAAACGGCACCAGGAUGUAGAGGUGCAGGCUGUGGCUUUAGUCUGCACUCGAGCUGUUGAAACAAGUCCCAGCCUUUUCCCAUAUCAUCCCAAACGGGUGUCUAUUUGUCUUCAAAUGGAAGAAAUGGAGAGCCUUGCAAUGGUAUAUCAUAAGGAUAGUACAGAGGCACCGAUUAUAAUGGAAACGUCUGGCAGUUCAUGUGGCCCAUCUAUCACAACCUUGUCAGAGGUACUUCCCCAAUCUGGAGGUAUUUUGGUGCACACAGAUGGUGUUUUACAACACGAGACCAGGCUUGGAGCCAAGCCCAAGGAGCCUGGGCCACCAAUUUACAAUGCCCCAAAAGGAUGUUCACCUCUUCAACCAGUUUAUCAGAUCAAUAUCGAGACAUGCAAUCAAAAUAAGCUAUCGAACGAAGCUAGUUGUCAAAGUCAGAGCUACAAAGUCUCCCCUGUGCUUUCUGUUUCAAAUUCUGUGAAACAGGACUCCAAGGGGAAGGGCUUUGGUGAGAUAUCGACCACAACAACUGAUCAGGCCUGUCAAGCUCUGUCUGUAACAAGUCCUCAGUCAGAACAACCUGCCAGGCCUCCUGCUGCUAAAGCCCCUAUUUCACAGUCAAAGCCCUCUCCACAUGUGGUCGGUCUUUGCUCAGCAGCUAAUGAUUCCAAAACAGAGGCUUCUGCCCCACCAUCAAGCUCCACUUCAAAUUACAAAUUAAAGAUGGAGCAGCUGGUUAACAAAUCCAUAGCCAAGCCUGCAAAGAAAGGUUCCAAGUUGGGGCCAGAGAGGGAUAAGAAGGAGGAUGAGAAGGCAGCCAAGCCGACCAAGAAGAGUGUUCAUGACGUGGUGUGGGAUGAGCAGGGCAUGACGUGGGAGGUGUACGGUGCCUCGCUGGAUCCAGAGUCGCUUGGUUUCGCUAUCCAGAGUCACCUCCAGUGCAAAAUCAAAGAGCACGAGAAGAAGAUCAUGUCUCAGACGACACUCAGGAAAUCCGUUUCAGCUCCAGCGUCUGACUCACCAUCGGGCAGAAAGACCAAGCGAAGGCAGGCUAACGCCUUCAGGUCCAUGUUCCAAAAUGUCCGACGGCCCAACUGUUGUGUACGUCCACCCCCCUCGGCAGUGCUGGAGUGAGAACUGCUGAGUAAUCAUGGUCCGAUGAUUGCCUGGUACAGAAUCUUCCUCGAGGUUGUCCUAGUGCAAAGCAUGACAGGACUAUUCCCCGGUUCAUCAUGCAGAACGUGCGGCAUUUUUAAAAAAAAAAAUGGUGAGUGUG